GAUGACACACGAUGCAUGGCGUUUGUCCUGGGCUUUCCGGGCUAUCUGCGAAACCACUUUGGAAGGCAGAGAGUUUCCCCGGAGGCAAAAGGCAGCUGGCUUCCUGUCUUUCCUAAAGAUUUGCAGCUGUGUGAGGCGGGGCAUGUCUGUAAUUGGAGUUCUCUGGGAGGCUGAGGCAGGACCGUUCCAAGUCUGAGCUCCACCUAAGAGGCAACUGCAUUCUGAAGAGGGAGCCUUUCAAGUGUUAUAUUUGGUUUCCUCCUGCCUCAGCCUCCGUUCCUAUACCCCUUGGGUGGGUGUUUUUGAGGUGUGCUCUUGUCUGUUUCCCAGGGGUCCCAGACUGAGCUCAGUUGCCCCAGACCAAACACUGCUCAUGGAUUCACUGCCAAAUGUGCCUUUAUUGCUUGCACCUCUGCGAACCAGGUCGCCUCCCCCAGAUCCCCUCCUCUGUCAGUGCUAGUCCUGAACUCCUGCCCAGGGCCCUCUGAGGAGGAAGCCUGAACUACUCUGAGCCAGGCCAGACCUGCUCCCCACAGUGAUUCAGCCAGGUCUUGCCUGGACCCAGGAGGAACCAGGGAGAGGGGACUUUUGUGGCAACUGGGUCCCACAGUAACCUGGCUCCGCCCUGUGGCAUCUGUGAGGUCACCUGGCCCCAGCCGGCUGGGCUGCAGGAGGCCAGACAUGGAGCCUGUGGCCCAGGGCAGAGCUGGCCUCCCCGAGGUCCUGUUGCAGGGCGCCAGGCUCUGGGCGCUGCUGGUCCAGAACCGUGUGUACCUGUACCGGCUGCUGCUGCUGAAGAUCGCCCUCUUCCGGGACUGGGUGGUGGAGCUGUCCCGGGAGGCCCGGGGUCCCUGCUAUGUGCCCACCCGCCAGGCCCCCGGGGAGGCUCCCUGUGCCCUGGGCCAGGCUCUGCGGGUGGGGCUGGCACUGCUGCUGUGGGGACCCCGGUUGGCUGGGGAGGCUGGGCUGCGCUGUGCUCGGGCCCCAAUCUUGGCCCUGCAGUGCCUGGGCAUCUGUGAGUGGCUGGGCCUGUGUGUGGCCGCCUGGAGGGGCGUGCUCUGGUCCUGUCUGCACAGCCUGAUGCUGGUGGCCUUGCUGUCAUUGCUGCUGGCCUGGAGGCUCUUCCAGAGAGCCCAGUGUUUCCUGGGCUGGCUGCCCCGCCAGGCCCUACUGGGGAACCACCUGGUGCUCGGGUUCCUGGCGCUGCCGAGAUGUCUGUGCUGGCACCUGGCCUACCUCAUCACGUGGACCACCUGCCUGGCUUCCCACCUGCUGCAGGCGGCUUUUGAACACACGACCCAGCUGGUCCAGGCCCAGGGGUCCUCAGGAUCCUUGUCUAGGUCUCUGCUCCCUGUGUCAUCCUCCACCCUUGAGGGUCAAGCCCUCCUGCAGAAACCUGAGAAUCCUGGACAAUAAAUGUUUGCCAUCAA